CAGACACACACGCACACUUGGAUAUAGGCUCGCAAGAGCAGAAUCAGGUGUGAAGUUCCACUCUAGUGAUUACAUUACCAGCUUAGAGCGCUGAACCUAAGACCUGCAUCAGCCCUGCUCACAACGGAAGGGUGGAACAGUCAGCCUGAACAGUAUUGUUGAAAACACCUCGUGAUGAUCUUAGGAAAAUUCGCAGGUACGCCCCCUGCAGAUCUGUACAGAACUUAGUGAGUUAGACAUUCUGAAUUAAUUACAUUUAGGAGAACUCGUGUGGUGGAUGCCCCUUUGAGACGGGUUGGCACACACACACACACGUGAAGCCGAAUACACGCACGAGACCAGGCAAAUUUCCGCGUGAGAUCAGCUGGUAGUCUUUGGCGUUAUGCCCUUUUUGAACGAGGGUGUUGAUGGCCUCUCCGAUCACUGUGUGAGAGGUUCUAUUUGGUGACAAAGCUGUUGACUGCAGCGAUCAGGCACCUCCGAACCGGAGUAACAGCGGUCAAGCUGACAUGUCCCUGGCUCGAAGGAGGCUUGCUGGCUUGCACUGUUGCGGUGGCCGCGACGGAGGUGUGGGACGCUUGAUCCAGCGUCCGGGGUCAUCAGCGGGAGCGCGUGAGGCGCUGCACUUGGUCAGAUGUACGCCCUGGCAUCGUCCUGGUGGUCCUCGGUGUGGCAGGUCAAUCUUUGUGCUGGUAGUGGUGCAGGCCUCCGAUGUCAAAGAGAUCUCGGACUGCAUUGAGGUGCAGGACCGCGAAGCACCAGACUGUAAGGCAUCCUUUUUGCAGAAAGGAAUGGAGCUUCAGGUCAGACGAGACAUGGCCCCUCCUGCUGUUCACAACCAAUCCAGAACAAUCACCGCUGCAUUGGCUGCCAAGCAGAAUAUGUCUAAUGUGUCUGAGGAUGCCUUGCUUCAAUUGAUGACUCGGUCAACUCAGCAAAGUGCCUCAACAGUGUCCACAAUUAUUAAUUUGGUGGUGCUCGCAUUGCUGGUUGCAUUGAUAGUAUUGCUUUGCCGACAUGACAUGAACUUGGAAGAAGCAAAGGCAGAGGUGCAAGAGGAUCCACGUGUGCUUUACAAGCAGUUUGAGCGCAAGGAGCGGGUGACGGGGACGAGAAGCUGUCAAGAGGCAUGCUGCUGAAGUGCCCGCUUCAGACCUCAACCAGAAAAGAUGCGGUUGUGAC